AUGCACUACAUCUCCCAUGCGACUUCUGGCCCUGAUGGGUACAACGCCCUUGCACCAACCGCUCCUUCUUCGGAGUCACCAUCUAUUUCGGGAACAGUGACAGAUUAUCAUCCACGAAACUCGUCGCAUACACACGGUCCGACCUCUGCCUGUCCUGAUGGACCGACCCUGAAGCAAUACCGAGCCCCUGUCGCGAAGGCGACUGCCCGCCCGCCGAUUACCCCCACUUCCAUGUCUCCUACGGUCAACUACUCUACACCCUCGAGCCUGAGGCUCGACGCGAUGACGCUGGAUGAUAGUGUACCAUCGAUCAAAUCUGAUGAGGAUCCCCAGAUAGGCCUCUUCCAUCAGGUUUACGAGUGGCUACAGCAUGAAAAGACUCGACGAAUGGCACGCAAGGCACGCCACGCCGAGGCAGCCCCUUCCAGCGCGAACGGCGGAGAGGAUGAGGAGGAACGCCCAGCGGAACCUCCUCAACCCUCGGGGAGCACAUUCUCGCUAGAUCAACUGGAAAAUAUCCUGGCACGAUUCGCGGGACCUACAAACGUGAAUGGUCUAGCUUUGCACCAUUCCCUUAAACGCAUUCCCCGCCGUCGCCCGAAGGGUCUACGUCGAGGCUCUGCCUCCGAGUCGGAUUACACGGAUAUCGAAGCGCAAGUUCCAAAUGUGGAAGCUUAUCUAGAUAAUUCCAAGACCCUCGCGUACAACUUCAGCAACACAGCCGAGAACGAUGCUGAUGAUAAUAAUACCAAGCGAUCGAAGGAGAGGGAGGCGUGGACUGUCUUUAAGACGGAGAUUGUGCGCCUGGUGCAUACCCUCCAGCUUCGAGGCUGGCGCAAGAUGCCGAUGGAGAUGGCUGAUGAGAUUGAUGUUGUCCGGCUCAGUGGUGCCAUGACCAAUGCCAUUUAUGUAGUCGCUCCUCCUAGAGGUCUUUUUACCCACAAGAUUGAGAAUGGAUCUGCCUCCUUGUCUUCUCGAAGACCUCCACCGAAACUUUUGCUGCGCAUCUACGGUCCCCAGGUAGACCACCUGAUUGAUCGCGAGAAGGAAUUGCAAAUUCUUCGUCGUUUGGGUCGUAAGAAUAUUGGGCCCAGCGUACUUGGAACUUUCCUGAAUGGCCGUUUUGAAGAGUUCUUUGAAGCUCGUCCCCUUACAUUCAAGGACUUGAGGAUUCCCGAGACCGCGAGGGCAAUUGCCAAGCGGAUGAGAGAGCUGCAUGAUGGCAUGGAAUUACUCGAAGAAGAACGCGAAGGGGGCCCGGUGAUCUUCAAAAAUUGGGAUAAAUGGGUGGACCGCUGUGAACAAGUAACCACCUGGCUAGACAAAGAGCUCCAGUCUCCAGGAAAUGAACUUAAAGAGUCAACCGAACCAUGGCGCUCCCGCGGGUUUGUAUGUGGUGUGCCAUGGGCAACAUUUCGAAAGGCCGUUGAUCACUAUCGGACUUGGCUUAUCUCUAGCUGCGGUGGUAUAGAGCAGAUCAAGCGAGAGCUUGUCUUUGCUCACAACGAUACUCAAUAUGGUAACCUUCUUCGCAUGGAGCCAGCUACUCAGUCACCACUGCUUCUCCCUGCCAAUGAACAUAAGCAGCUUGUGGUCAUUGACUUUGAGUACUCGUCAGCAAACACUGCUGGGUUUGAAUUCGCCAAUCAUUUUACCGAAUGGUGCUACAACUACCACGACGAAGAGCGGCCUUGGGCUUGCAACAACCGUUUCUACCCUACCCCCGAAGACCAGUACCGUUUUGUGAUGACAUACCUCACCCAUCGCCCAGCCGUAACUGGCGGUGUCACCUCACCCUGGGCAACCCCGGCUAUGCGAGGUGGCACAGGCACUGCUAUCACCCCGCUAACUCUUGAUGAUUGCUCUGAGGCAUCAUCUGUGGCAUACGCCUCUCAUGAGAAGCCUAUUGAAGAGGAACUCGAGCUGGAAGUGCGGCGUCUGAUGCACCAAACGCGCCUCUGGCGUGUAAUGUGCUCCGCACAAUGGGCGGCCUGGGGUAUUGUUCAGGCCAAGAUACCAGGUAUGGAGGAAGGGAUUGCCGAGAUGACCGCUGGAAGUAGCGGUGUCUCCGGUGUUCCCCAUGAGAACGGACACGAGAAGAAUGAACAGGCCCAGCCAACAACACCCGUGGAUUCCGAUAAUGAUGAAGGGGAUGAGUUUGAUUACUUGGCAUAUGCUCAGGACAGGGCCUUAUUCUUCUGGUCUGACCUGUUGACGUUGAACCUGAUUGACCCGGAGGAAUUGCCAGCUCCUAUGGUUGAACACCUUCGGAAACGAGCUGUCGACUAUUGA